GGCUCGUAAACUAGGGUUUAAAAAAGAUUACUACCUGGAAUCAGAGAACUGGUUUGGAAACACAACAAACAUGACUUCAGAUCAGAUCCUUCAGGAGAUAGUUCUGAAGAGGAAUGAAGUGUUUGCUGACAACGAUGCGAUCAGAAUCAAGACAGGGCAAGAGUAUUGGAAGUUUUAUAUAGAGAAAGGGUAUUACAGGUCACCAGGACCUGAUUUUAGGUACUACUACUACGAGAGGCCGGAUAGUAACAUCAGUUCUCCUCUGUUUACGGAGAAGAAUAAAAACUCUGGUGUCUGUUAUAAGUUCCAGGUUCCAGAGUUUCUCUGGAAGAAAGGAGUUUCACAAAUUUAUAUAAAUACAAAGGUUAACACAUUGAUCGGAUUCAGCCACUAUGGCCAGAGGAGUGGAAUUGACAAUCAGGACAGGGUGUUCCUAAAUACAGAUGAGAAGAUAUAUCUAAUAUUAACCCAACAGCACUUUGAGAGGAUCCGGGUUCAUGGAAAGCUCUGCAAUUCAGAACUAAAUACCGGGUUUGACAGUUGCAAUGAGCAAUGGCUUCAUGAUUACUCUGUGGCAGAGUAUGGAUGUAUAAGUCCAUGGAACAAUGUUCCCUCCAACUACUCUGUGUGUAAGAAUAAAACGUGUACUAGCGGAGUAAAUGAUAUUGUUUUGAACUGGGUUAAUGGAUUCAAUGAUAGUAUGUGUGGAUCCCCGUGUGAGAGCUCGGAGGUGAUGUUUGCCUCGCAGUUCUCCUACAAGGUGGAGGGGAUGGGGUAUGGAUACCUAGCCAUCACAUUCAAACAAUCUGUCAAGGUUACGAGGUCUUCUAUACCCUACGGGUUUCUAGAGAUGCUGGCUGAAGUAGGAGGAUAUGUUGGACUAUUCCUAGGAGUCUCUAUUCAACAACUUGUAGCCAUGCCAGAGACCUUUAUUGAUAAAAUAUACAAAAUACAGUUUUAAAUAUAUCACCAUCAUCAUACACUACACUAGUUAAACAAUGAUCAGUUUUUGGUAAGAAAUAUUUGU